AUGGCCAGAAAACUGACACCACCGGCCGGGCGGGGCUGGGAGCGCAGCUGGACGAAGACGGGGACUUGGACACGGAGAGGAGACCACGGGCUGCUUCGGACCCCGAGCCAGCAGGGCCCCCGAGAGACAAGCAGCUGCGCUCGCUCCUCCGCCAAGCACUCAGGCUCGCGCCUCAGCCGCUCAACUCCCGGAGAGCAAGUCAUCUUGCUACUGCUCAAAAUCUGGAAGUCCCGCUCGUGUGCCGGCAUUUCAGGGAAGAGCCAGGUCCUGUUUGCGGUGGUGUUCACGGCCUGCUACCUGGACCUCUUCACCAACUACAUCUCCCUGUACAACACGUGCAUGAAGGCAGUCUACAUUGCCUGUCCCUUCACCACAGUCUGGAUGAUUUACAGCAAGUUCAAAGCCACUUACAACGGGAACCAUGACACCUUCAGGGUGGAGUUCCUCGUCGUUCCCACAGCCAUCCUGGCGUUCCUGGUCAACCAUGACUUCACCCCUCUGGAGAUCCUCUGGACCUUCUCCAUCUACCUGGAGUCGGCGGCCAUCCUGCCACAGCUGUUCAUGGUGAGCAAGACGGGCGAGGCGGAGACCAUCACCAGCCACUACCUGUUUGCGCUGGGGGUCUACAGCACGCUCUAUCUCUUCAACUGGAUCUGGCGCUACCACUUCGAGGGCUUCUUCGACCUCAUCGCCCUGGUGGCAGGCCUAGUGCAGACUGUCCUCUACUGCGAUUUCUUCUACCUCUACAUCACCAAAGUCCUGAAGGGGAAGAAGCUGAGUUCGCCGGCAUAGCCCUGGGCCUGGCCGUCCCUCUCCUUGGCAGCCCGCAAGAGGCAGAGGAAGGCAGCGAGAAGACACGAGCCUUCCCGUCCUGUCCAGGGGUGACUUUUUAAAAGAACCAACCUCUCCGCGCUCCCCAGCCCCCCUCCUGCCGGGUUUCAGGGGGGACAGCGGAGAACCCAAGUCUUGGGGAACUCAGGACCUGGGCUGUUUGUAGUUUUUUGCCUUUUAGAGAAGAAAAAAAAAAUCUUUCCACUAUUUA